CACUGGACGGAAGGAGGAAAAUAUCGAACAAUUAGCGGCUAAACUAGGUCAAAAACAGCCUGUUCUCCGGGAUGUUUUGACGCUUUCUGUGUUUGACAGUGCACGUAGCUUCUUAGUAGCCUUGCUAAAAUGUCUUCGGAUUAUUUUAAAGUGUUCUAACGUAUUUUAUUUACUGUUAGAUAGUUUUAUUUAUUUUUUAUCCUGGUUUAAACAUGGAACAGAGUGGCAGCGUCCCCGCACAUCUUGUUCACCGCCCUGACACCAACGGCCGUUCGACUCUAUGGAGGAACUGGUCCGGGUUUUGGCUGCUCGGAUUGUGCAACAACUUUGCGUAUGUGGUAAUGCUGAGCGCUGCCCAUGACAUCCUGAAAAAACAAGAGUCAGAGAACAACACAGCAUCAGUUUCAGGGACACUGUCCGUGGAUUUCCAGGGUGGAAACAGCAGCAACAGCAGUCGCUAUGACUGCAAUCCUGUCUCCACUGCGGCUGUCCUGUUGGCCGACAUCCUUCCAACGCUCGUCAUCAAGCUGUUUGCUCCGUUUGUCAUCCACAAAAUGCCUUAUGGUUUUCGAGUUUUGUUCUGCUCCAUCAUGGCGGCGACAAGUUUCCUCCUGGUGUCGUUCUCCUCAGCUGUGUGGAUGAGCCUCCUCGGAGUGAUUUUUGCCAGUGUCAGCUCUGGACUCGGAGAACUGUCCUUCCUCUCUCUCACAGUCUUCUUCAGCAGGAACGUUCUGGGAGGCUGGGGCUCAGGUACAGGUGGUGCAGGUGUCGCUGGAGCCUUCCUCUACUCUGGUCUCACCCAGGUCGGCCUGACGCCUCGGGUCACGCUCCUCAUCAUGCUGGUGGUCCCAGUCAUGAUGCUGAUAAGUUAUUUCUUCCUGCUGGAUCCCCCGUCUUCGUUGCCUCAGUGGAGAAACAAGGUGACAGCGUAUGAGGCGGUGGGCUCAGAGGAGAGCGAGCGGUUGAUUGACGGAGCAGACGAGGAGGAGAAAUCAACCACAGUGCAUGCUCUCUUUCACCUGAAUGUACCAGAGGAAUGGACUGUUGGACCGCUCACCUUCACAGAGAAGCUUCAGGUUAUCAAAGGUCUGCUGAAGUUCGUGUUUCCUCUGGGACUCGUCUACUUCGCCGAAUACUUCAUCAACCAGGGAUUGAUGGAACUUCUGUAUUUCCCUGAUUUCUUCCUGUCCCAUGCAGAGCAGUACCGCUGGUAUCAGACUCUGUACCAGGUGGGCGUGUUGGUGUCUCGGUCGUCUCUCUGCUGUGUGAAGAUCAGGAAACUGUGGGCGCUCUCUCUGCUGCAGGUGGUGAACGCCGCGCUGCUCCUGUUUGCAGUAAAGUACCAGUUUCUCCCCAGCGCCUGGUUGGUGUUUGUUAUCAUCCUCUAUGAGGGUCUGCUGGGUGGAGCCGCGUACGUCAACACCUUCUACUUCAUCAGAGAAGAGACGGAGGAGCGACACAGGGAGUUUGCGAUGGCUGCAGCCAGCGUGGGAGACAGUCUGGGCAUCGCUCUGGCCGGGCUCGCUGCUUUCCCCGUCCACAGAUACUUCUGCUCCCUGUGAGCCGCCCACACAGCCGGCAGCUCGAUGAUUAAGACAUACGUGGGAGAGCUUGGUUUGAAGGUUUAUUUAUACCUGGUAUCAGAGACUAUCAGACUUCCCUCCUACAUUAAACACAGGAGAGAGGGGGAAACAUCUAAAUAUAGUCCUAAUGAACUAAAGUGGAGUUUCAGGUAUCUGAACUUUGAUCAGAUUCUUAUUCUUCCAACAUGUUUUUACAUUUAGGCCCUGAAAUUUUAACAUGGUUAUCUUUCCUUUACAUUAUAUCAACUUAAUUGUCCCUAAGGGGAAAUUUACCUUAGACCUAAGUGCAGAAAAACCACUCAGAUCUGUGCAACUUAUAAGAAAACAAAAAUACUUAGGCAGCCAUGAAAAGACUUAAUCAAAUAGACUUCCAUAUGCAUUAUUUAGAAGAAAGAAUAAUAAAUACAAAAAAGACCAAACUACACGUUUUUAUUGUUUACAUUUGCAGACUGGCUCAUAACUUUAUUCUCUGCAGACAGAAUUUGAUUAUUUUCAUUUAGCUUCAUUGAAAGCCUCCUUUUCAGCAUGAAUACUAAUCGCAGCCUCAGCAGAUGAGCCAGUAACAUAAAAAAACUGCUUUUGCACGCACAUCAGUACAUAUCCUGCUCUAAAGAUACUCUUUAUAGCUCUUUUUCUGUACAUUGCUGGGAUAUUUUGGGAGUAUAAGCUGCAUCUCCUAGUUCUGCUCCUGUACAGAAGUGAAGCCAGAUUUUUCCAUGUGAUCGCAUGUGCUAGAAAUGUCAAAAUAUUCAGUACUUGGACACUUUUUGUCUUUAUAAAACGGUACUGUAUUUGUUAUUUUAAUGAUCUAUAGAAGGAAAAAGUACUGAGACAUUACACAUCUACAUCUGUUUGAUAGGACAGAUGCAUUAAAGAGGAUGAAUCCAUCAAAAACUGCAGGAAAAACUCCUGCAAACUUAAAGUACCUUUAUUCUUUGUUAGGUUAGUGUUGUUACUUUCCAAAUUGUCUUCCAAAAAAAAAACAUUUUUAUCUGAAUAAGAUCAAAAUUUACCCAUGGCUAAAGGUCAGUAUAUAUUUCAAACUAAAAGCAAAACAAAGAGAAGUUUGUUGAGGAAAAUCUCUUAUCUUAAUUGCUAACUGUAGCUGAGAUUUUAGGCUGACCUCACACUGGAUGAUCUACAAAUCGUAAAUUAUUUCAUAAACAUGGGAGACACAUGCAUAAGAGCAGUUUAGUUCUCAUGUGAUAGUCCUCUGAACGCACACACGAGAAGAUUCACGGUGAGACCAGUAGACCAGGUAUGGGAGCGUAUGCCGGUUCGGCACUUCCCCCGUGUCAGCCCUGGUCCUGGACUGCUCUGGUCUCCUGAUGGCCAUCCUCCAGGCCUGCUCCAGGCCCAUGCCCCAUCUCUCCAGGUAUCCUCCCACCUGACCUCUCCACGAUGCACACGGUCACCCUCAACGUCUAGACCUAAUUAUAGAGUUUGCAAUUAAUUCAUCACAGUUAAUCCCAUAUGUCGGUCGUUUUGAAAAGACUGCAUGGCUGCUAGUUUUAGUAAUAAUAGUAAUACAACAGAAUGCUUCUGAAUGGCAUCAAAACUUCCCUCUAGCUUUUGAAACAAAGAAGUGUAGAAUGAGGGCAGAUUAUUUAUAAAAUUUUAACUAUUGAGAUUAAUCGGCAUGCAUUUUUAAUCGCAUAUUUAACCUCUGUGAUCGAUUCAAAUUUUACCACCACUAAUAAUACAAAAGGAAGACCAAAGAGAGGAAGCACUGCUGGGGUCUUUUUCCUGUCGUACUCAGGUGUUCUUUGAAACGUUGGGCUUGCUUUGCACAGUUUGUCUGUGCCUUGGAUUGUUUUUCUGAAAAACGGUUGCAGUUUUUUAAUAAUUUGUUUUUUAUUUUACACCGUAUGAAAAUCAUGCAUCCACCGCUUCACAAAAUUAACUUGUACACAAAUUAUUUUGUUUUACAAAACAUUUAUAAAAUACAAAAUAAUUCAGAGUCAGAUUCAGACAAAUUUAUUUAUCCCAAAUGGCAAUUCAGUUUUUGCAGUCUACCCAGACCGUACAUACAACCACAAACAGCAGAGACAACAAUAAAUUAAAGUCAGUACGUGACAGAGAUGCUCAUUGACACAUCGACCCUCAUGUGACCCCUUUAGUAACGACACACUCAGGGUCAACUGUACAAAUGAGCCCAAAGUCCACAUACUGAGACAUCCACAAAGCUCCAAACACACAGGACGGCUUAAAAAUGUUUUAAAACCAGCUAAAACCGGUUAAAAAAAAACCUGUUAAAAAAAGGUAAAAGACAAGCCAGGUAGAGCUGCUUUGGGUUGCACACUGUGAAGCGCCCCGGAAUUGAUUAUAAUAUAAAUAAUAAUAAUAAAAUUAUAAAUAAUGACAAAAUUGAAAAAUAGUGCAAUUAAAAAUUCUAUUAAUUGCAAUUAGCUACCAAAAUUCUGUUAUAAAUUGCCUUUUUCAAAUGGUUUGACAGCCAUUGUUAAAUUUAGGAGCUUCUUUAUAUUUUGAAAAAUUUUCCAAAUUUUGAUUUGAGAUUUAACAACAUCUACGUUUGACGAGUUUGCAUUGCAUGUAGAAAAGUCCUUUAGAGAAUCACCUCACAUUCAUACUAUCAGCUGACACCAGAGCCUGAACUUUAAACUUUUACUCUAGAAUAGGAAGUCAGAUUAGUACUUCUGUUUUUUAUUUUUAGUGUUUUAGUGUUUAACACAGCUGGACUAAAGAAAAGAUGCACUUUUGGCACUUUUGCAUUAAAAAUAAACUUUAGGAAUACUGUAAACAAUAAAGAGCAUGGUGAUGGGUACGAUGAUACUGAAGUAUUUUACUUUAAUGGUCAGAUAUUGCAAGCAAGGAAUAAUUUACACACAUAAUACUGGUUUGUAUCAAAGCCUUAACAAUUUUGAGUGCUCUAAGAUUUUUAAUGUGUUUUUGUCACUUCUGAUUAAAUACUUUGAAUUCUUUUUCAA